AUGUCGUCGUCAUCAUCAACAACAUCAUCUUGUGAUGGAAAACUAACCACUAUUCUGAGCAUUGAUGGAGGCGGCAUUCGCGGUGUCAUCCCUGCCAAGAUUCUUGAAUUCCUCGAAUCCGAACUCCAGAAAUUGGACGGCGAAGAUGCUAGAAUUGCAGACUACUUUGAUGUAAUUGCAGGGACAAGCACCGGAGGGCUGGUGACGGCCAUGUUGACUGCUCCCGAUGCUAAUAAUCGCCCUAUUUACGCUGCUAAAGAUAUCGCUCCAUUUUAUGUACAACAUGGGCCUAAGAUUUUCCCGGAGAGGUGUGGAUUGCUUGGAUCGGUGGCAGCAUUAGUAGGUCCCAAAUAUGAUGGCAAGUAUUUGCAAGGGCUCACAAGGGAGAUAUUAGGGCAGACUCGUUUGCAUCAAACCUUAACCAAUGUUGUUAUCCCAUCAUUUGAUAUCAACUAUAUGCAGCCUACCAUCUUCUCUUCUUACCAGGUGAAGAAUCUGGGCUACAAGGACGCGCUACUGUCCGACAUAUGCAUCGCCACCUCUGCAGCGCCCACUUAUUUUCCACCACAUAGUUUUACAAACGCAGAUGACUCAGGCCGGUCUUGGGAUUUCAAUCUCAUUGAUGGUGGUCUCGCUGCCAACAACCCGACGUUGGUGGCGAUGAGUGAAGUGGUGAGCAGAAGUGAUGAUUUAUUCCCGACUGAUCCUCUGAACUGCACAAACGUACUGGUGAUAUCGCUGGGCACGGGCUCUGCGAAGAAAGAGGAUUACACAGCAAAAAUGGCGUCGAAAUGGGGCGUGUUGGGAUGGCUCCUUCAACGAAAUUCCACACCUAUAAUUGAUAUCUACAACCAAGCUAGCGCACACAUGGUAGAUUAUUUCUUGUCAACCGUGUUUCACGCUCAAACUUGUCAACAGAACUAUCUCCGCAUUCAGGCUGAAAAUUUAACCGGAGAUAGCUCGUCGGUGGACAUCGCGACGAAGGAGAAUCUGUUGAAUCUGGUUGGAAUCGGGGAAGGUUUGCUGAACGCUCCUUCCUCAAGUGUUAAUCUGCAAACAGGAAUUUCUGAGCAUGCUCUUUGCGGAGGCACAAAUAAGGAUGCUUUGAUUAGGUUUGCUAAAAUGCUCUCUGAUGAACAUAAAUUCCGGCAGUCAAAAUCACAGCACAAGAACUAG